UCUUGUUUUUCAUUCUGUUUUCAACAGCAAUGGCACAAAACAAGGAACACAUAGUUAUGUUCCCAUUCAUGGCACAAGGCCACAUAAUUCCAUUCUUGGCUUUGGCCCAACUACUAGAGCAGAAAAAGGGUUGCACCAUAACCCUCAUCAACACCCCACUCAACAUCAAGAAGCUCAGCUCCUCUUUAUCUCCAAGCUCCUCCAUUCGCCUCCUUGAAAUCCCUUUCAAAAGCUCCGACCACGGCCUCCCUCCUGAUGCCGAAAACACCAAUGCCUUAACCCGCCAUCUCUUCUUCAAACUCGUUCAAGCUACCUUGUCCCUCAAACCCUCUUUCAAACAUCUCAUGCACAAUCUUGUUCAUGAAAGAAAUGGACAACAUGGACGACCAGCUUGCAUCAUCAGCGACAUCUUCUUUGGAUGGACUACAGAGAUAGCUCAUGAGCUUGGCAUGCGCCAUGCUGUGUUUUCCACAGCUGGAGGGUUUGGCACAGCGUGCUAUUACUCAGCAUGCUUGCAUUUACCUCAUCUGAAAGCAAAAUCUGAUGAAACUGAAUUCACCCUACCUGAUUUUCCGGAAGCUAAUAAAUUCCAUUUCUCCCAGCUCCCAGAAAGUCUCAGAGCCAGCAAUGGCACUGACCUUUUUGCAUUGCACUGGAAAAAAAUAUUUACUGAGACGGUGAAAACCGACGGGUUUAUAAUCAACGCAGUGGAGGAGCUUGACAGAAUUGGAACAAUGUACCUCAGGAAGACCUUUAACAUGCCAGUUUGGGCAAUAGGGCCACUUCUUCUAUCAUCAAAUGGAACUAACAGAGCUGGAAGAGAAGCCAAACUCACACCAGAGGCAUGCAAAAACUGGCUUGAUGCGAAAACACCCAAUUCGGUUUUGUACAUAUCAUUUGGUUCUCAGAAUAUACUAUCCAAGUCUCAGAUGAUGCAGUUGGCAAUGGCAUUGGAGGCUAGUGGAAAAAAUUUCAUUUGGGUUGUUAGGCCACCAUUGGAAUAUGAUAUAGAUUCAGAGUUCAAGGAGGAUGAAUGGUUGCCAAAGGGGUUCGUGCAGAGGAUUAAAACUCAAAACAAAGGGUUAAUUGUGGAAAAUUGGGCACCUCAAGUUGAAAUUCUGUCUCAUAAAGCAACCUCUGCUUUUUUGAGCCAUUGUGGGUGGAAUUCAGUGGUGGAGUCCCUGAUCCAUGGGGUGCCUUUAAUUGGGUGGCCUAUGGCUUCUGAACAGUUUUUUAAUGCCAAGUAUUUGGUGGAGCAGGUUGGGGUUUGUGUGGAGGUAGCAAGAGGGAGGAGCUGUGAGGUUAGGCAUGAAGAUAUAGUGGCAACGAUGGAUUUGGUGAUGAAUGCGACAGAGAAAGGGAAUCAAAUGAGAAGAAAAGCUUGUGAGGUCAAGGAAAUUAUUAAGGAUGCCAUGAAGGAUGAAGAUGGAUACAAGGGGUCGUCUAUUAAAGCUUUGGAAGACUUCUCUUACUGCUUGAUGGAGUUAUGAUUGAUCAUGAUGAAUAAAGUCUAUCCUAAUAGUCUGUCCACAUUUGAAGUCUUUACACGUUCGUUUUAAUUACUGUUUAAGUAUGGCAAUAAUGUUUUAAUUACUGUUUCAGUAUUUCAAUAAUGCUUAGAAGU